GCAUAAUGUAAACAAACUAAAACAAUGUCGUUAUUCAGUGUUUAUAGUGAGUUAGAAUAGAAGAUUGUGGAAUUAUGAAUUAAAUGGUUGUUUGCCAGGUCCGGAUAUCUCAUUUAUAUGAGAGAGAUCAAUCAUGUCCCGGAGAUUCAUAUUCUUGUUGGUGGCAACGGUGGUUAUGCUGUAUUUCUCGAUAAUUCUAUUUAUGUUGAAGCCAUUGCACACAGUCCACGGAGACGCGUUUUCGAUGCGAUUUUCGUUUAGACAAGCGGCUGUUGUCGACUGGUGCAAGCCUUUGCGAUGGCGAGAGCCUCCUCGGGACGUGGUGGCUCUUGUGUCCUAUCCAGGCAGUGGAAAUACUUGGCUUAGAUAUCUUUUACAACAAGCCACUGGAAUAAUAACCGGCUCAGUGUAUAGAGAUCAUGGUCUUCAGCUACAUGGUUUCCCUGGAGAAGAAGUGACUAACGGCUCUGUGCUAGUUGUAAAAACGCAUGAACAAAACUUUAUUUGUCAAUCUGCCAUUAUUCUUAUACGGAAUCCUAGAGAUGCUAUUCUGGCUGAAUUUCACAGACUCUGGAGAGGACAUAUAGGAACAGCACCAAAAUCAGUUUUUCAAAAACGUAUUAGGAGUACAAAUUCAAGAAUAAAAAAUAAAGAGUCUACAUCAUCUAAAGGUGCACGGCGUGAACAUCCAGAAUGGUUAUACCACUUUAAAACGCAGUUGAGAUCGUGGGAGUCGCUCCAUUUAACUUGGCUGACCAAUUUCCUCGGCCCCAUCCACAUAGUUUUCUACGAUCAAUUGGUCAAAGAUACCAGGAACAUACUCAUGGGAAUACUUGACUUUUUGAACAACACAGUGACUGAGGAUGAUCUAUACUGUGCAUUAAUGCAUAAAGAAGGCAUUUACCGUCGCCGCAACAAGCUCCAGAACUUCGAUCCCUAUUCACCUCAAAUGUAUGAACAGCUGAAAGUUGUCAAAACAAAAGUGUACAAUUUAGUCAAUGAUUACAAGAAGAAGCAUAAUUCUACCAAAAAACAAAGGGUAACUAGUAAUUAAAAACUAAUAUUUAACAGUUGAUAUAACCUCAAUUGGAAGUCCCGUUUUGUUCUGGACCCCUUAUAAGAGCAUAUACGCACAGGACUCAAAAUAUUUGAACGUAGCGCUUUCAACUUCCAACCUGAUAGAAUUUUUAUAUAUUUUAAUCAUCGAGUAUAUAGCCAGAAAUAGAGACGAAAUGUCAAUUAAUUUGUUUGAAAACUAUUC